CUAAUAAACAUUUACGUGUUGCAGUGCAGGGGUACUAUACUAGUUACUACUACUGAACAAAUAAAGAAGAACACAACAAUCCAACUAAAUAAAUAUUCAGAACAAAGUAAGUAACAAAAAAUGAAGGCAACGAAGACGCCAAUCCACGCCGUCACUACAUGGCUUCGCCGGCAACCGCCCAAAAUGAAGGUUUUUCUGGCGGUCCUUUCAGGCAUUGUAGCUUUGCUUUUUCUUAGAAUGGUGGUUCACGACCACGAUAACCUCUUCGUCGCUGCCGAAUUUGUCCAUGCAUUAGGAAUUUCCCUCCUCAUUUACAAAUUCGCUCAGGAAAAAACAUGUGCCGGACUCUCACUUAAAUCACAGGAACUCACAGCUAUGUUUCUAGCUGUGAGACUAUACUGCAGUUUUGUCAUGGAAUACGAUAUACACACCUUACUUGAUACGGCAACAUUGGGGACGAACCUCUGGGUUAUUUAUAUGAUGCGCUUCAAACUGAAUUCCAGUUAUAUGAAUAAUAAGGACAACCUUGCAAUAUACUAUGUGGUGAUACCUUGUUUCGUACUUUCUUUGCUCAUUCAUCCAACAACCCGGCAUCAUACAGUUAACAGGAUUCUCUGGGCUUUUUGUGUUUAUCUUGAAGCUGUGUCUGUUCUCCCUCAGUUGUGGGUCAUGCAGAACACUAAGAUUGUUGAACCAUUCACAGCACACUAUGUUUUUGCCCUUGGAGUUUCAAGGUUCUUGAGUUGUGCACAUUGGGUCCUCCAGGUUUUGGAUACCCGCGGACGCCUACUAACUGCUUUGGGUUAUGGAUUGUGGCCUUCUACGGUACUUGUAUCAGAAAUUGUCCAGACCUUCUUCAUACUAGCAGAUUUUUGCUACUACUAUGUCAAGAGCCUUGUUGGGGGACAACUUGUUAUCCGUCUUCCUUCAGGAGUGAUUUGCUCGUUCUUGCUUCUCCGAAUUCUCCUCUACAACAUUACCAUCUCUCCCUCUCUACUGGGGUUGCUAGUAGAUGUCUAGCCCAAUGGUACACUUUUUACCUCGCAAUAACAUUAAUUUACUAACUGGUAUAAUUACAAGUACAAAUAUCAUUACAAAUUUUAUUGCCUCUCAAUCAUGGGGAAGGUGAGAGUUAAAAUAUACGUACAAUAACAAGUCUAUGUGUGUAGAUCAAAGAUAAACUUUGUUUUUCGAAUUUAUGAAUAAUAAAAAUUAAUACUGUUCUCAUGUAAUAUAUGAGACACACAAGGAA